AUGGAUUGGAAGGGUCUGGAGGGUCUCCUUAGUGGAGUGAAUAAGUACUCAACAGCCUUUGGUCGAAUCUGGCUGUCACUGGUGUUUGUUUUCCGUGUCAUGGUCUUUGUGGUGGCAGCUGAGCGUGUGUGGGCCGAUGAGCAGAAGGAUUUCGACUGCAACACACUGAUGCCAGGGUGUGCCAACGCCUGCUACAACUACACUUUCCCCAUCUCGCACAUCCGCCUGUGGGCCCUCCAGCUCAUCUUUGUCACCUGUCCCUCUUUUAUGGUGGUGAUGCAUGUGUGGUACCGCGAGGAUCGUGAGCGCAAAUAUCAAGCCAAACAUGGUCCUGAUUCGCGUCUUUAUGACAACCCUGGACAGAAGCAUGGCGGUCUGUGGUGGACUUACCUUCUUAGCUUGUUCUUCAAGACAGGCAUGGAGGUGCUUUUCCUCUAUCUACUGCACUACAUUUACAACAACUUCAAUAUGCCCCGCAAGGUGGCCUGCGAUAUGUGGCCCUGUCAACACCAAGUAGAGUGCUACAUCGCUCGCCCUACCGAGAAGCGGAUCUUCACAUACUUUAUGGUCGGUGCCUCAGCAAUCUGCAUUGUGCUCAACGUCUGUGAGAUCCUCUAUCUUAUUGCCAUGCGUGUUGCGCGCCACAGUCAAAGGAGUGCUGCCACAAGGAGGACCUGUCGAGAGCCUCACUGCACUGAGUGUAGCCUGCCCAUGACCACCAAGGGAUUGAAACCAGAUUGA